AGACCGACUCAUCGAACCCCUGGGGUUCGAUCGAACCCAGGUUAAGAACCACUGGUCUAAAUCCUAUAUAUGUUCUACUUUGUGUUAUACCUACUAACCGCAUAAAGUUUAUAUGGCGUCGAUUUUCUGUUACUACAAAAUAUAAAUUAAAAGUUGUUUAGUUUUUACCACUAACAAAAAAUAAUACAACCUGGUUGGAGGAAGGCGUUCCGUUUUUCAGUCUAGAGGUGACUAAGUUAUUAUCACUUCCUUUUUUCAUGUCAGUACCAGCGUUUUUUUUUUUUUUUUUCUAAGGUUGAUUAGCAACACAACAUUUUACACAGUUCACUGUUGAACAAUGGGGCCUGGAAACUGGUCUACAGUCAUUGAGGCUGUUGCUGGAUUACUGAUGACGCUACUUCUCAUGUCUUAUGCCUCUGCUGAAGUAGAAACUUACUGUGAUGGCAAACCGAAUGAAGCUCUGUGCUUUGGACCUCUGGGAGGAACUGUGUGUGUCAAACUGGUGGACAGCGUCUCAGAAUCGCAGAGUUAUCAAAUAACACAUACAACGUCAAUAAUCCUUACAAUAAAAAAGAAUUAUGUUAUUUCGGGUCCUCUUCAAAAUAAAUAUCUCUUUAUUCCAAGUAAUGGUACAUUUAGUAUCAAUAAUCUCAUGAUGACUGAUGGUGGUAAAUAUGUUCUGGAAAUCUUUGAUUCUAAUGGAAGGAAGAAAGAACAUCGAACAUUUAAUUUGUUUCUUGAAGCUCCUGUGACCUCUGUCCAUCUGUUCGCUGAGUGUUUGUCUGAAGGACAGGUGAAUGUGUCCUGUCUCUCUGAAGGAGGGAGCAAUCCUCAAUACAGCUGGACUCUGAAUGGAAACAAACUGUCAGGCCAUGAGCUUCUCUCUGAAAAUAUUAAGUCUAACACCAUCGUCCUGAGACCAAACGUUGCAGGACGCCUGGUUUGCUCAGUCAGGACUAACUUCAGUUUUCUUCUCAAAGAGAAAAUCACAUCUACCUGUGACUUUGUGAACUGCACUUCAAAUGGUAUACACAUAUCUAAGUGGGUGUUUAAAGAAAACAACACUCUGUGUGUUGAACCUUUACCAGAGAGACAUAAUAUUAUGGUGCUAUUGCCAAUAACAAGUGGUGCACUUGGAGCUCUGCUAAUUAUGCUAGUUGUCAGCAUAGGAAUUUUCUGUGUGAAGAGGAAAAAACCAAACCACAAUGAAGAAAAUAAUUAUGACCAAAAAUGGACCAAUGCUGAUCAGGGGAGGAGGCGACAGGAGCUGAGAAAAGAUACCCAAGCGGAGUAUGGCAAAGUUAAAAAGCAACCUCGGCUGUCUGAUGAUGUGACAUAUGGAAAUAUGGACAACAGUGUGUAUGGAAAUGUGGAUGAGAGUAUCUAUGCAAAUCUCUGAAAAAAAAACCUAUGUAAAGAAUUUAGGAAGUUUACAGCGACUGCAAAACAACAGAAACAAGGAGGAUGUGAAGCAAUCUCCAUCCAUCCAUCCUUAUUAGAAGGUUUGUUGUCUGAUUCUCAGACUGUUUAGAAUGCAUAUCUGGGUGCAGUCAUAUGCAUUAAAAUGUUUUGUUCCUCCUCUCGCUUCCUGUUACUGGUUACUGGAAAACAAAUCUUUUUACAACUACAAAUGCAACAAACAUGCAUAACUAAGCAACUUAGCUACUGUUCUGUUUCAUUUCCUUUCUUUAUUAUGUGCAUUCCUUAGUUUAAAAUCCCUUGUGCUUUUUUUCUCUGUGUCUGAAUUUAUUUUCAGCUCUGACUUGCAGUCUUUACUUAUAUUUAUAUAGAUAUCAGUUCCUGCUUAAAUUUAAGUCAUGUUGUUCCAGUAUCUGAAUUUUAUUGUCACCUUUUACUUCAGUUUCCUUAGCAUGUUACUAUCACUGCUGACUGAUUCUGCUACUAGACUCAUUUCACUCGGGUAAUCAUAUGCCUCAGUAUUUAACUCUUUCUCUUCCCAUGAUUUCCUGUUGCUAAGUACCUGUUUGGUUUUCUCAUGUUCUGUAGGUUUUUCUCCUUUUUUUCAUUAAACUUCCACUAUGCCAUUAACAAAGGCUAAAUGUUUUAUGUGAAGUCCACAUUUUGUGUAAGGAAAGAACAAGGCUGCAUGUUAGUCUGUUGCAGACUUUCACCCAUAAUAGGGACUGAUGCAUAAACUUUGCAUUCAUUCUAAAAUUAGGUCCGAGUUUUGCAGCUUUAUUUUGAGCUACUUGCGCUUUACCCAAAUGUUUUGGAAACACUUGACCAAAUAGCUGAAAAAUAUUCAAGUUGACCAAGAACUAAAGGCUGUGGUAGUGGUGUACCCUGCCUCUCACCCAGUGACCACUAGAGAGAGGAAACGGCUCCUCCGACCGUGCAAGGGUAAUCAGGUAUGGAGGAUGCAUGCUAAACUGACAUAUUGACACUUCGAAUACUCCUCUUUUACAUGUAAUCAAUUACUGAUUGAACCAGAAUGUUUGAAACAAUAAACAUUAGAAUCUGUUAUGGA